AGAUCGACUGGAGGUAACUCACAGCGAUGGCGUUCAACAAGCUGAUCUGGGUGGUGGCUUUGCUGACUCUGCUGAUAAAAGAGUGUGACUCACAGCUAUCAGUAUGUGGUCAGCCAGCACUCAACACCAGGAUUGUUGGAGGAGAGGAAGCUUCUCCAGGCAGCUGGCCCUGGAUGGUCAGUCUGCACAUCGUUGACCCCUGGUUUUCAUCAGAGGACCGCUGUGGAGGAUCCCUUAUUAACGACCAGUGGGUGCUGACUGCUGCUCGCUGCGUCUUUACGAAAAUUAAUUCCCCAUCUGAUGUGACAGCAUAUCUGGGUCGUCAGAGUCAGGAGGGAUCCAACCCAAACGAAGUCAUGAGGAAAGUAGCACAGAUUAAUUUUCACCCUGACUACAGUUUUAAUAAUAAUCUUUAUUAUUAUUAUUAUUAUUAUCAUCAUGGUCAUGGUAAUGGUUAUGAUUAUGAUAAUACCAACGACAUCGCCCUCGUUAAGCUGUCAGAACCAGUGAGUUUCACCAGUUACAUCUCACCAGUCUGCCUAGCUGCUUCAGACAGCAUCAUCUCCUCUGGGUAUAACACCUGGAUCACUGGCUGGGGAGACACUGGAGAUGGAGGUGGGUUUUAAACCAACAUUAUACAGAGAAAUGAAAAGAAAUCCCAGCUUUUUACUCUUAUGGGUGCA